CACUCCACGCUGGAGGACGAAACGCAAUGCUUGUGUUUUGUUUAAAAGCUGCACUCCGCUCCGACGAGAAGCUGCUUUCACUGAUUGCUGUCAACUGCGACGCAGGUAUAAUGGAUCAAAGCAUGAUAGUAGCAGUAGCCUUGCUUUGCCUCGCCGCUACUUCUGUCGGCCUCCACGCCACACGCCGCCCUUCCUUCAUAGGAUGUGUGGAUUCCAGCGAAUGUAACGAGGAACAGUGUUGUGUUCUGGGUGGGGGCCGUUACAGCAGCCCGCAGUGCGUCAAUUUUGGUGGUAUCGGAGACUCCUGUCGCCCGUACGGCACAGAGCCUUUCAACACAACGGUGGGCUACCCCAAUGGCUACAGCGUCGCCCUCACCGACGUCUACUACGUCAUGUGCGUGUGCGCCAGUGGCCUGGUGUGUGAGCGGGGUUCCUCAACAUGUCAGGAACCUGAGGCUCUCACACAGAAUUCUGUGAACUAAGUAUCCGCACCCAGAAGACAAGACUCUCUGUGCAUGCAAGCUAAUAUCGAGGCGAUACAUUCUGAAUGUUGUUUAUGUGAAUUCAUUAACAGACUCACUCAUGGAGGUGAGCCCUUCUUGAGAAGCCGCCAACUGUGCAGCUACUCAAGUACUUCCCAGCAUUUUAUGGU